CUUCCGUUUCCACCAAUGCGGGAGGUUCUUGUUCUGCAGGUCUCGCCUCUUCCAGGAGCUAGGGCCGGAAGAUGGCGGCGGCCGCAGAGUUGUCGCUGCUGGAGAAGUCCCUGGGACUGAGUAAGGGGAAUAAAUACAGUGCUCAGGGCGAGCGACAGAUUCCGGUUCUUCAGACAAACAAUGGUCCAAGUCUAACAGGAUUGACUACUAUAGCAGCUCAUCUAGUCAAGCAAGCCAACAAAGAAUAUUUGCUGGGGAGUACUGCAGAAGAAAAAGCAAUCGUUCAGCAAUGGUUAGAGUACAGGGUCACUCAGAUAGACGGACACUCCAGUAAAAAGGAUAUCCACACACUGCUGAAGGAUCUUAAUUCAUAUCUUGAAGAUAAAGUCUACCUUACAGGGUAUAACUUUACCUUAGCAGAUAUCCUAUUGUACUAUGGACUUCAUCGCUUUAUAUUUAUGCAGGUUUUGCAGUAAGGAAAGGAAAUACUCUGAAAAGGAGGGAACUUGUUUGGAAUUCCUUUGCCAGCAGAAUGAACAAGGUCAUAAUCCUAUAGUGCAAAAUAUUCAUAGCACUAUCCGCAAAGUUAUUUAAUUACGAGUCUAAGUGCACUGGAGGGCACUUGGUUUUUAGGCAGGUUAGAAGUGUUUCAUUCAGUACUGCAUGUUAAAGUUAGGAUUACUUUAACAAUAUUUAGCACUCUCUAUGUGUUAACAUUUUCUAUUUUGGAAUGUAUGUCCUCUUCAUAUAUAGUGACUAGGAUGUUAUGAUUAAAGAUAUCCUUAUCUUUUUCAAAGUGAAAUUGAAUAGAUUAAUAUGUAAAUCACUGUUGACCAUCCUUUUGGGUUCCUGUCAUGAGUCAAAGUAUCUCUUCCACUCUAGUCCAAGUGCAGGCAAAGUAAUCAGAGAAAUAAACACCUUCUCAAGGAACAGGCCUCACAGACUAAAACCUACACAAUGGCAGAAUCGCACUGUGGUGUUAAAUGGCAUUCCUGUUAAGUUGGGUACAAAUAUAUACAGAUGUGGAAUAAAUGAUUUCUAGGUGUUAAAUUAAGGUAGGGUAGGUGUGAGGUGCAGAUUGGCCACCUGCUGGUAUUUACCAGGUCUUUGUGCUUUGUUUGCUUUGGCAGUAUUACUUAUUUUUGGCCUCAUGCAUUCCUUCAUGUGUUUGUUCAUGUUAUUCAGUACGGAAUACGUAAUCAGCACAGUGUACAAAACAGCAGCCAAGGAACCUUCGAGUCAUCAGAUAAUCCCACUGUAUUUUGUUUCAUUGUGAGCCCAAUUUUAGUCAUGGCUGAGUUAUUCUGAGGUCUGGUCUAUCUUAACUCCAUUUGAGGAAUAUUAUGUUGCCUUUCCUUUGUUAUACUGCCUGUUAGUGUGGCUGUUUAUUAUAACACCAGUGACUCACUGCUUUCUUAAAGUGAUUUCACUAGUAGAUAGUCAUCCCUGUGAACAGACUGUUACCCAAGAUUAUUAAAAUCCUUUGUAAUAUUA